AUGCUAGACAAUCUUGCCUUGCAUUCCAAUUGGUUGAAAACAGAAGGCUCCAAUAUACCCAAGAAAUCAACCGCUUUAUAUUUUCAACCCCAGGCAGCAGAUUUAUUCAAGAACGGUACCCGAGCCUUACCUCCAGUUUCAACACCUUCGACAAACCACGAUGAUAGAAAUAUAGAAUCUAGAAAUAAUAACCAAGGAAAUGCUACAUCUAAUGGUAUCAGCGAAAUAGUGGGUGGCAGUCUCGCUACUGCUAACCAAAGAAUGGCAUCUGCUUUCCAAUCUUUUAUGAAUACCCCUUCUUCUCCCAAUAGUAAAGCCAACGAUAGCCCGAAACCACCAAACUCUGACAUAUUCAAAAUUCCUGAACCUAGGAAACCCACUAUCACUGAGACCCGGAGGCAAGAUAUUAGACUGUCCCUUAUGUCUAAUAGGCGAAUUCAGCCCCAACCUAAAAGCGAUAAAAAUUCUGAUGACUUUAUUGAUUUGACAUUUGACAAUGAGAACGCUAAAGCUGAUGACUCUAGUUUUGAUAGUUUCAAUGAUGAUGAUGAUGAUAUUUUUGUUGAUGCAGUCGAAUCGCGACAUUCCAAUAACAACAACAACAACAACAACAACAACAACAACAACAACAACAACAACAACAACAACAACAACAAGAAUAGGCGGACUUUCAGUAGCACUACGACAGUGGCAACAUCAUCUAAUAUACCCGACAAUACCAACAAUAACGUAUUGGCUUCCAAGGCUAUGGAUCUGUUAAAUAAAAACACUUCGUCAAAGACAAAUAUAGUUGGAAACACUAGAUCUACAGUAUCAAUAAAUAGCAUAACCGAAAAUAGCUCAGCGAACAACAAAAGACCUUAUACUGCUAUCAAGAACCACGGGGAUCUGUUGCUGACCCCUAUUCGCAAAUCUAGAAAGCAAAAUAAUACUAAUAGUGCUGUUAACAAGAGAUCUACUUUGGCUCCAGAUGGAGAAGAAUUAAGUGAUAUGAGUGAUGACUUAAGCAUGAUGGAUGAAUUACGGGCUCACAAACAAACGAGCGAUAUGAAUUGGGAUAAUACCCCCCUCGCAACCCUACGACCGUCGCCUUUGACCCAAGGGACACCACAUAACUAUAAAAAAUUUACUAAUGCAAGAAAAGCUGCCGCAAUCAUAUCAAAGAGAAGUGGAACCUUUCAUAAUACGUCGGGAAAUCAAACAAUUGCAAUAUUGUCGCGGCUUCAUAAUACCCAGGCAAGGAUGAUAAAAUUACUAGAAUCAAAAGUCUCGAUGAUGGCGCAAAUCGAAGAUAAUCUUAUUUCAAAGAAUCUAAGUGAGAAUGAUAAGGUGAAUCGUAAUAAAGAUAUCAGGAGAAAAUUGCAAGGAAGUGUGAAUGCAAAAUUACAGUCAGAAAAACUCGAAAUAGAGAACCUAGAAAAGGAAUUGGAGAAAGCGAAGUUGUGGGCACCUUCCAAUGAAAUAGAAAAUGACCCAAACCAAAGAAUCAACACUAUCGUGUCUAAUACAUCUGGCAGCUCUACUAGUAUAUCAAAUAAUAUUACCAAGCAUGAUAAUUACUCAAACAAUAUAGAAAUGGAAGAAGAUCUAGUCCUUGAUUUUGGAAAAGAUGAAAUUCCAAGAACGCAGAUACCCGCAACAAGGAUGGGCACCAUUUUAACCCUUGAUGAAGCACCGCCAUAUAGGAUUCAGCCGUCUCAAAGUCGACCACCUAAACUGGUAAACAACAGGAAUAAAGAUAUUUCAAUUCAUGGCUUUUCAGAUGAAGAUGGCUUCACUUCGGACGAAGAUGAUUUGAAAGAACUUGAAAACAUGGCCAAUUCCAAACAGAAAGAAUUAAAUCAGAAGAAGCCCGGCCUCAUACACUUCGAAGAUGAUAAUAGCCACGACAGAAGCUUCCAUGGUAGUGCUGAAAAUGCUAUUCCUGUUGAGGAUGUUGAUCUAGGGGAUCCCAUUGAUGAUCAUCAUGAAAUCGAGGAAAAGAGUAGAUUAUUUGAGGUUUCCAGCAGUCUUGCAGAAUUUGAAAAUGAUGAUAUCGAUGAGGGCGCCGAUCUUGAAUUUGAUAAGGAAAACCGCCUUCCCGCUGUAACUAAUAAGCAUGCCGACGAUGUUGAUGAUCUGGAACUUAUGUUUACACCAGAAAAUGAGCGUGACGAUGUGGUAAAUACCCAAGAUCGAGAAUUUGUCGUUGAUGAAGAGAGUGAUGGGGAUGAAGAUUUUAUUGUAGGAGGAGAUAGUGAUGCUGAUGAAAUUGAUGGUGAUGAUGAAGACGAUGAGGUGGAUGAUGGUGAUGAAGAUGGUGGUGAUAAUGAAGAAGAAGAAGAAGAAGAGGAUCACAUUAUGGGAGGUAGUGAAUCAUUGAGAACAGAACUAGAGAAUUUAAACAACAACUCUCCGGCAUCAGGAAAUGAUAAUGACAAUGUGAUUGACUUAGAAGAUGAGGACUUUCCUGAAGAAGAAGAAGAAGAAGAUGAAGAAGAAUCUGGUUUAUAUGAAGCUAAUGACAACUUUAAUGAAGAGCGUGAAGUCUACAUUGUGCUAUCCCAAGAAGAAGAUGAUUUAGAAGAAAUUGAACCAUCGGAAUUCACCUCCACUCAUAAACCUGUGGAAGUAAUGUUGAAACGUGAACCAAUGACUCAAGUACCAAGCAGCACGUUCGGGGAUGAUGAUCAAUUACAACUAGAUGAAAAUGAUGUUUAUCCUUGGUCCAAGGAAGUCCGCGAAAAGCUUAAUGAUGUUUUCAAAUUAACAAAGUUUCGUGAUAACCAGCAGGAAGCAAUUAAUGCCACCCUUCGUGGGAAUGAUGUUUUUGUGUUGAUGCCAACUGGUGGUGGGAAAUCCCUUUGUUAUCAGUUGCCUGCCAUUGUCAAGUCGGGGGAGACUAAAGGAACAACGAUCGUCAUCUCACCAUUGAUUUCUCUCAUGCAGGAUCAAGUGCAGCAUUUGAAAGAAAAAAAUAUUGAAGCAGCUUAUAUCAAUUCCAAGGGUACUGCCGAAGAACGCCGUCAUACUUUUAAUUUGUUUGUCAACGGGUUUUUAGACCUUGUUUACUUGUCUCCAGAAAUGAUUAGUGCCAGCAAUCAGGCCAAGAAUUGUAUUCGAAAACUAUAUGAUAAAAACAUGUUGGCGAGAAUUGUUGUUGACGAAGCCCAUUGUGUCAGUAGUUGGGGUCACGAUUUUCGACCAGAUUACCAGGCAUUGAAAUACUUCAAAGAGUCGUAUCCCGAUAUUCCAAUUAUGGCGUUGACCGCCACUGCGAAUGAACAUGUUCGAAUGGAUAUCAUCCAUAAUUUGAAAAUGAAAAAUCCUGAAUUCUUCAAACAGAGUUUCAAUAGAACCAAUUUGUUUUAUCAAUUAUUGCCCAAGAAUAGAGGUUUUGUCGAUGAUGUACGUCAGUUAAUCGCUUCUAAAUACAAAAAUAUGACGGGGAUCAUUUAUUGUCAUUCCAAGAAUUCAUGUGAACAAAUUAGUGCCCAGCUAAUGGGAUUUGGGAUUAAAGCAGCAUUUUACCAUGCGGGGAUGUCACCGGAAGAAAGAUUUCAAGUACAAACAUGGUGGCAACAAGAUAAAGUCAGGGUUAUUUGUGCUACUAUUGCGUUUGGUAUGGGGAUUGAUAAACCUGAUGUUAGAUAUGUCAUACAUGCAACUUUACCUAGAACUCUUGAAGGUUAUUACCAAGAAACUGGUCGUGCAGGUCGUGAUGGGAAAGAAUCUGAAUGUAUUUUGUUUUAUACUUAUCAAGAUGCUAGAUUGUUGAUCAAUUUAAUUAAUCGAGAUAAGGAAUUGGACGCAGUAUCAAAGGACAAGCAUAUGAAUAAAUUGAAACAAGUGAUACAAUAUUGUGAAAACUCUACUGAUUGUCGGCGUCAACAAGUGUUGCAGUAUUUCAAUGAAAAGUUUGAUAAAAAAGAUUGCCAAAAGAAAUGUGAUAAUUGUGUGUCAUUGAACAAAUCAGAUUCGGUAGUCAAGGAUGUAACAGAACAUGCUAAAAAUAUUCUUCAAUUGGUUAAAUCUAUCCAACAUGAAAAUGUCACAUUGAUUCAUUGUCAAGAUAUUUACAGGGGGUCGAGAAUUGGGAAGAUUGUUAACGCUGGGCAUGAUCAAUCACCAUAUCAUGGAAAAGGAAAAGAUGUGGACCGAAAUGAGUUGCAACGUAUUUUUUUCCAUUUAAUCACAUCACAAUUGGUGGUGGAGUUUCCAAUCAUGAACAAAUCAGGUUUUGCCAACAAUUAUGUGAAGAUCAGCCCACAAAAUUGUUAUAAGGUUUUGAAUAAUCUUGAAAGGAUCAAGAUGUCAUUUAGUAAGGAUGACGGGAGAGGAAAUAAUAGCUCUGCUAAUAACUCAAUGAAUAAUAGUGGCGGCUCGGGUGGCAGAAGUGGAUCGAAAAGAAAACAACAACGCGCACCAGCCAUCACCACAGCAAAGUCCAUGCUUAAACAAAAUUCAUUUCAAAGUUUUGCUGCUGGAGGAAGCCUUCAGCCAAACAGGAGUGGUGGCGGAAAUACACGUCGUGGUGAUAGCUUUAACGCUAAUAGAAGGGAAAGCAAAUCAUCGCAAAAGAAUUCUAAAUCGACGAGAUCGAGAAAGAAGACCACUAUAAAAGCCAUGUCUAUCAAGCCACCAUCCAAAUCCUCUGCUUCGUCAACCUCCACCUCCUCCAGUAAGCGUCCCAGGACGCUGAAACUGAAUAAUAAAUCCUCAGCGACAACCCCAAUAGUGCUAUCAACUUCCAAUUCUUCUCCACCGCGAUUUUCUGAAGAAUGCUAUCAAGAUCUCAAGCACCUAAGGAUGAAUAAGAUGUCGGAGCUCAAUAUGAAGACUAGUUCGGCAUUGUUCAGCGAUGAAACCUUACGUGACAUGGCAGUCAAAUUGCCAUCAACAAAAUCUGAGUUCAAAAAGUUGAAAGGGGCGAAUGUGAAGUCUAUCGACGCAUAUUUUUCAGAUUUCCGAUCGUUGAUAAUGAAGUAUAGAAAUAAAAGAGACAGUGGACAGUCUGGUACGACAACUAAUAGAUCAUCACCCUAUUGGGGCAAUAAUUGA